AUGGGUAUCAAAGGCGAGUGGACUUCAGAGCAACCUCGGGCGCUUCCCAUUCGGCGCCCUGUGCUCCUCCCAUCAGCCUUCGCUCUUCCCGACCUGCACCACGCUCAUGCCUCACUCCUCUCAUCGCAGGUCUGACCAGUCUGAUAUCGGACGAGGCACCGAGUGCGAUCAAGGAGCGUGACUUCAAAUCCUACUUCGGUCGCAAAGUCGCCAUCGAUGCCAGCAUGAGCUUGUACCAGUUUCUCAUUGCUGUAAGGCAGAGCGAUGGGCAACAAUUGAUGAGCGACACUGGAGAGACGACCAGGUAAGGUGUCACAGUGGCCAUCGCACGAUGCAGUCCGCACACAGCAAUAGAAGUGCAGUGGUCUAAUUUUUUCUUCACACCGCAUACAGUCAUCUUAUGGGUUUCUUCUACCGAACGCUUCGAAUGAUAGACGGAGGCAUCAAACCUAUGUACGUGUUUGAUGGUAAGCCUCCAGACCUCAAAUCUAAAGUUGUGAGUGCACUAGCGCCCCGCUCGCAAGUACGCCCUCCUCCCGUGUGGGUCUAAAGCCGAUCGUGCGCGCCUCUCCGAACAGCUCGAAGCUCGUUUUGGCAAGCGGAACGAAGCGGCAGAUCAAGCAGAGGAGGAAAAGGACAUCGGUAAGUCAAAUUGGCGCCUUGUUCCUUCCUUCCUUCUGUCAUCUUGCUCACACCGCCACAUGCACCGCUUGGUGCUCACAGCAACGGAGGAGCGCGCAGAGCAACUUGCACGAAGACAAGUCAGACCUACGAGACAACACAAUGAAGAAGUCAGGGAAUUGCUGAAGCUCAUGGGCAUCCCUUGCAUCACUGUGAGACUUGUUUCGGCGCGCAAAGUCGCGUCGAAACUGCAGUUGACUCAUGCCCUGGGCCAAACGCGCUCAGUCACCUUCCGAAGCUGAGGCUCAGUGCGCCGAGUUGGUCAAAGCCGGCAAGGUGCGUCCUCGAGCAACACCAGAGAUGACCUUCAUCCACUAAGCUCGCGAGUGGACCCGUCCGCAGGUGUUUGCGGCCGGAUCAGAAGACAUGGACACCUUGACUUUUGGAACGCCCAUCUUGCUCAAACACUUGACCUACUCCGAAGCGAAGAAGAUGCCAAUCCACGAAGUGCAUCUGGAAGAGGCGAGAGAAGGCCUUGGCUUGACCAUGGAUCAGGUACGUUGACUGCCAGGUAGUGCAACUCUUUGCAUCCACAGUCCAGCUCACGUAGUCUCUCCCUUCCGGCUAUUGGCGCUGUAGUUCAUCGACCUGUGUAUCUUGUGCGGCUGCGACUACAUGGAGCAAAUGAAGGGCAUCGGACCCAAGACGGCUCUGAAACUCAUCAAAGAGCACGAGAAUCUGGAAGGAGUCAUGUCCCACAUCGAAGACGAGACCGCGGAGAAGCAAAAGGAUGGCAAAAAGUCAAAAUACAGUGUGCCUGAGAUCUGGCCUUACAAGGAAGCGCGGGAAAUUUUCAAGCAUCCAGACGUACACAAGGGUGCCGACCUGGACUUGAAUUGGGAGAAGCCUGAUGUGGAGGGUCUGGUCAAGUUCCUGUGCACCGACCGAGGCUUUAGGUGGGUGCCAUUUUGCAGCGCUAUUACGACGUUCCUGCACCUUUGCUCACUCAUGCACUUGCUACUCGCUAGUGAGGAUCGAGUGCGAAAAGGGGCGGAACGGUUAACCAAGGCCAUUGGCCAAAAGCAGCAAGGACGAUUAGAAAGCUUCUUCGGGUGAGUGGGCCCCUGCGCUUCCAUGAGCGAGCCGGCCGCAGCGUCGCAAAAGCGUACAAGCUCAUCUGCUCCACGCGACUUUUUCUUUACGUUGAUUGAGCAGAGCUGUUCCGAAACGUAAAGCAGAGGAUCCGCAGGAGGACAAGAAGGGCGCAAAGAAAUCCAAGGGCACUCCUGCCAAGAGUAAGAAAAAAUGA